UACAACAGUUUUUGUGAUUGAUAAACGCGUAAUUGGUAAACUCGGGGUGAGAAAAAAGUUUCGAAACCGCGCGUCGUCAGCCCAUAAAAAUUGAUUAGUUUCUGGCGUUAUCUCUCCUUGUGGCAUUUUCUGUUAUUAUUUAACAUUACAAUAAACAAUUUUAUCGCGGAGUCUUACUCUUAUAACAUAGCCCGCGACAGUGUCACUUUUAACGUUGAGUCGUACGGAGUUAAUUAUUAUCGGAUGGACAAAAUGUUUUCACGAAUGGAGAACAAGGGUUACCAUAAAGAAACCGAAACCGGUACCGAGUUGAACAAAGUGACGGUCAACGGUCACGUGAAGGCGACGACCACGUGUUCACCCGAAGUUUGCCGAUCGGCCCGGCAACGUUUCCAACCCCCCGAUUUAUCCGGCAACCCCUGGAACCAGAAAAAAACGAUUUUCUUCAUCACCGUCAUCGUCCUACUGAUCGUCUGGAUUAUCGUUUAUACUAUCGUUAGCGAACUGAAAAUGGUGUGAACGUUUUAAUUUAUACAAAAAUUCCGUUUGACGUUCGCAGAAGGAUUUAAGGGCGUGGUCCGAACAUAACCUCAUUUUUCUGUUGGAUUAGCAAGUUUUUUUUGACAAUAACUUAACGCCAAUAAUAGUUAAAUGACGUUUUAUUAUACUAGUGAAAACCAGUUAAUUCUUUUUAUAUAAUUCAAAAUAACAGUUGGCAGCUGACAAGUGACGUAACUAAAAAUAGGGUUUCGGGGGUGCCAAACUUACCUACUGCGAUCAUCGACAAUUGAACAUUUUGGCUGUGAUUUUUUAACACUUCUCAUAAGUUCCAUAAUCCAUCAAUCACGUCAUCCGUCACAAAAUCAUAUACAUAUAAAUGACAACGAUGGCAAGUUAAUAUAUUAAAAUAUAUAAUAAUAAUAUGAUAACAAA